AUGUUCUGUGUGGGUUCCAUCUACGACGGUGGUAAUUUUCGUUUAUCAAUGAAAGCAGCAAUGCAACAAUCCAAUUCGAGGAUAUGGAGUAGUUCUCUAGGUACGAGUGAAAUUCAACAAAUUACUAUUGGUGGUGAUGUUACCAGUGAACAUCAGCGCAUUGUCUACAUGACGAAUUCGUCGAUCGAUGGAGUAGCUGAAGUUCAAGAUGUAGAAGCUGUUUUUGAAAUAUUUCAAAUUGGAUUCGAAGGAGCUUACACAGUACUGCUCGAUGGUCCACCUCAACCAGAAGUUGUCCAAGAAGCUCUCAAUGAUUUACCGACCAUCUUCCCUUUAUCCGUUACGGUCGCACUCGUAGGCACCGCAUACAGAGUCACAUUUCCGAUCGAAAUGGGUGACGUUCCACUACUUACUGUGAUAUCAACAGCAUUUAGUCGUCCACAGACCGCUACAGAAAUCGUACAAGGUAUCGCAUCUGGUUUAAAGAUAGCCUUUCGACUCAAUGGAGCAAUAACAAACUACCUGAAUUUUCGAGAGGAUGAUAUUAGUGAAACGACACUAGAAACCGAGUUUAUGAACUUGUUCAAUAUUCGAUGUCCGCCAUCAUUGAACAAUCAACAAGCAGCACCGUCUAUUGUGUAUAUUAAUGAAUUUGAAAUAUCAAGCCCAUAUGAUGAAACAUUCAUUAUUACAGACAUGGCUUUCUGUGGUCGUAGAGCACUCACAAACUCAAAUGAGUAUCUUGUUAAUGGAAAUACAUUGACUGCCGAAUAUAUGUGCUUUGCUUAUAAGAUUACCACGACGGAUCCGAUUUUUAUGAAUUUUCAAGUUCAGAGUGAUGAAGAUCCUCCAGUUAUCGAACAUAUAUUGCUGACUUUAAGGAACGAUUCACGUUGGCAUUACAAAUGCAUUAAUCUACGUGAAAUGCUCGAGCAGUAUUCUAUGGCGUACUUGACUGUUACUUCGUUUUUGAUCAGUCGAGUCUAUCUCGACUACUAUGUCCCAUCAAGUGUCAUGAUUGAUACGGUCACAUUACGUGACUCGUUACCCGUUGGAUACGAAGAAGACAAUAUGAUUAUGUCAACGGAUCAAUCAUCUACAGGUCUAUGUAGAUUUCCAUUCGUUUACAACGGCCAAAAUCGCUCGUCAUGCAUACUUGAUGAAGACUAUAUGCCCAUUUGCGGUUUAACUCCGAAUACAAAAUUUUAUUGCCAAAAUUCAUCAAUCGAAGGCGUUCGACGACUCUUUCCGAAAUAUCAGUUGCUCGAUAAUUCAUUCCAAAUAACACUUUCAGCAAUGAGCCAUACUAUUGAUAUAUCCUUUCGAUAUACGGCAUGCAUGUCACCAUCAUUGAUCGAAGUGUUACCUCCAACUGUUGGCCAAGUGAUCUCAAUCACAAAUGCAUCAAAGCCAGUCGAUGGACAGUAUUCUAUAAUGUUCAACGGACAACAAUAUUAUCCAAUUCCUGCAAAAAUAACUGGAUCAAAUUUGGCCAAUCUACUUCAAUCAUUUUCCGAUUUUGGCUAUGUAGCUGUAGCUCGUGCAGGAGAGUGUGCUCAGUAUUCAUACACGAUCCAAUGGUUAACCAAUGGUGAACAACCACUUAUCUCAAUCGCAAAUUCAUCUGAAGUACGACCAAUUGAUGCUCCAAUGACCGUUUUGUCAAUACGAAGUGGUAGUACUAUUAGUGUUUUCUAUAAUCUUCCGAAUGAUAUACUACGAACCUAUCAUAUGACUCCUCAGGUGGAGGUGCUUGUCGGUGGCUAUCCGUCUUAUUGUUCGAACGAGAAUAAUAACUGUGAAUUUCAAUGGUCGAUCGAUCACACACCUACAAUUAUAUCCGUUGAACAGAAUGGAACAAUGGUGACUAUUCAUGGUACUGGAUUUAGUGCCGAACUCGAAGCAAAUAUGAUUUCAAUCGGUAAGACUGGUUCAUGCGACGUCCUAUCAGCCAAUACGACAUCAAUCAUCUGCACCAUUGUCAACGCACCAUCUGGUCGACAGAUUUUACAACUGAACAUUGCGGACAAAGGUCUUGCGUCAAGUAACGAAAGUUUCAUAGUAGACGUGCCACUGUUAAUCACUUCAUUUGAUCCAGCUGGAGGGGAUGCAGGUGGAGGCUACCAAUUGACAAUCUUCGGAAGUGGAUUUUCAUCGAGUGCCUUAAUUACGCUUGGCGAAAACUUAUGUGGAAAUUUGACUGUUGUUAACUUUACUUCAAUCAAAUGUACUGUUCCUCCAAGUGGUAGUAUGAGUUUGAUUCGGGUGACGGUAAUCGUCAUUGAUGGCUCAAAUUUGGCUACUGCAUCUGGACAAUUUACGUACAAUACGACGAAUACGCCGACUAUUUAUGCUAUUGAUCCGACUUUUGUGACGACGCUUGGUGGGCUAUUGAAUAUUAGUGGCACCGGAUUCGGCAACGAUGACGUUUUAGUUUUUAUAGAUACAAGCAGUGCUCGUGUUUUAGACUCAUCAAACAAUCAUAUUCUAGUGAAUUUGAGUAUACUACCACCUGGACUUUAUCCGAUCACGGUUCGUACUUCAAUGGGUUUUGCACGACCUCUUUUUCAUAUUGAAUACAGAUUCUAUGUACAAGAAGUGUCACCUCAAAUUGGUUCGGCCUAUGGUGGCACCGAUGUUUAUGUUCAAGGAGCAGGCUUUGAAAAUGGAACACGUAUUCAACUCCGUGAUCGAAACAAUCGUCUCUUUCCUUGCAACAUUGUUUCAAUUCAAUCGAAUCAAAUUCAUUGUCAAACAGCGUCUACAGCUCGUCAAGUUACAAUCACAUCGAAUGGUAUUCAUCCGACCUUUGGCUUUGGUUAUGCUUGGUUUCCUAGUCGUGAAACAGUGCAACAAGGAACCGUUGUUACCUGGUAUUGGAGUUCAGCCGAACUUCGCUCACCAGUUUAUUACAAGAUACAACAAGUAGCAAAUGCGUACAGUACUGAACUAGUACCAAACGGAUUUGAUUCUGGUUCAGCAACAUCAUCUGGUUCAUUUUCUUAUCAAUUUGAUAGAGUGGGUACUUUCUAUUAUUUGGCACCGAAUAUUGAUCAAUCUAGUGGAUAUGCAAUGCGAGGUGUCAUUGAUGUCGUAGCCUUAGAACCUGAGAUAAUGACUGUGGAAACCAUUUGGGAUAAGUUUACUGGAUCAAUUAUAUGUACGGUUGGUUUGAAUUUAUCAGCCGGUCAUCAUGCAGUCACUGUUCAUGUGGACGAAAUUGGAAAUUCCAAUUCGGAUAUUUUCUACACGCACGAUCUCUUCAUCACGAGUGCUACACCAUCAGAAGGAGGUUAUGGUGGUGGUCUAUCAGUGAUGAUUCUUGGCUAUGGAUUCAACGGAACUGAUGUCACUAUCAACAUAUGUAAUCAGUCUUGUUUAUCAGUAGAAAUCGUGUCCAAUGUUCAACUCAUCUGUGUUACGCCUGAAGUUUCGAUGGUCGAAGUGAAUAGUUCGUGCAAUUUAACAGUUACUGUCAAUGGUAUCAGUAAAAAUACACGAUUCACCUACAAAGCUAACUUGACUGCAAUAGUAACAUCAGUGAGUCCAACUCGAGGUGGAACAGGUGGUGGAACGAGGAUUACUAUCAUUGGAAACAAUUUUCCGUGA